AUGAGCCUACAGGACAAGCGCAAGGCCGUCUCGAGCUCCUCUUCAGCUCCAGGUCCCUCAUCUUCGAAGCGCGUACGCAUCGACGACACGACACGGCGCACCGCCAAACGCCACGCCGACACCGACUACUUUGAUGGCGACCCCGAGAUCGAAGAGCAGGACCGGCGGCGGCUGCGCAAGGACCAGAAGCGUGGGCGCAUCGACGACCGGGGCGAGGACCUUUCUGCGAGCGACGACUCGGAUGACGACGCCGAUUCGGACGCCGGUGCGGAUGCAGGUUCGCAUCGGCGCCGAGCUGAGCGCCGGCGUAAGGCGAGCGCCAAAGACGAUGCCGACGACGACGAUGACGACGACAUGUUCGACGUAGGCUCAGACGACGAUGCAGCACCGUCGAAGGACAAGCACAAAGCAGCGGGGAAGAAGCGUUUUCUCAAGCUCGGCGAGCUGGAAGAGGGCCAGGAAUUUGGCUCCAAGAAGCGGUCGGCGCUCGACGCGGAUGCCGACGCGGAUCUUGUGCGCGGCGACGGCGACGCGCACGAUGAUGAUGACGAUGCCGAUCCCGAUCUGGAGCUCGAGGACGACGCUCACUCCGCCAACGGGCAAGACGAAGCGGUGGAUCUCAAUGCGUACGCCGAGCGCACGCCGCCCACCUCGCCGGGCGGGACGGUGCAGCCACGCGCCAAGGCGCCCAAAGUGACGGGGUUCAACAUGAGCGACGAGAUGCGCACGGGCGCGUUCGACGCCGACGGUAACUACCACGAGCACGCGCGCGAUCCACACGCGCAGCACGACACCUGGCUCACGGGCGUCUACUCGCGCACCACCAUCCUCGACGCGCGGCGUGCGCAGCAAGCGCGUGACCGCGCGCUGCGCGAGCGCGAAGCCACUGCUGCACAGCAAGACGGCGACGAGGACGAUGUCAAGCGUCGACUGGUCGAGCAUAUGCAUCGCACCGAAACCGUGCAGCGCACACUCCAGCGCCUCGGCAAGCAGCUUUCCGGACAAAAGAAAAGCGGCCGGAGGGAAGACGUGGACAAGGCGGCAGGCGAGGUGGAGAGUGUAACCCAUCUGGCAUCGGUAUUGAUGAGUCGCUUUGGAAGGCUCGACGUCUACGAGCGGACGUAUGAAUCGCUGCUGCACGACGUGCAUAAAUCGGGCCUGGUAAGAAACACCUUUGAUCCUGCGGCCAAGUUCGAUCCGCCGACAGAACCUGUAGACCCGGCACAGACGACGGCAGAAUGGGAGUACCGCUGGACGCCAGCUUACCUCGCUGCAGCCGCACGCGAGCAGGGCACAUCCGUCGAUCCCGAGAUUCAGACAUUCGGUCCGUUCAGUCUCGCCGACCUAAAUGCGUGGGCAAAGCAGGGAUACUUUGGCGACGGCGGUGACCGCAUCCUCGUGCGUCGUGCCGCGUCCAAGGAUGCCUGGAUUCGCUAUGCGCAGCUAGAAUCUUAG